AUGCGCCUGUUGCGACUGUGCCAUGGCCUUGCUGCCGGAUACUCUCCCUUGAGACUCAGACAAAAUAACUGUCGCUACUUUUCCAGCUCCCAGGUUCAUUAUGACCUGACACCUUUCACUCGCCGCCUCUUCAAACUCCCCUCGGCCCCAGCUCCACCCUCGCAACACCACAAUGACCUGACUACAUUUCUCUCUUACGCGGACCAUAUUUCUCUUCCAGUGACGAGUACAGUACAUGUCGGUACACACUACGAGUAUACAGUUCUCCAAAUCUUACGUCGUUAUGCGCUAAGCCUCGACCGCAUCGGCGGUCGCGACGACGCCGGCAUCGAUCUCGUUGGCACUUGGCACCUCCCGGAGCGCGAGCGAGAGCGCGCACUUCGUGUACUAGUACAGUGCAAAUCACUGAAGACCAAACUGGGCCCUAAUGUUGUCCGCGAGCUAGAAGGAACAUUCCGCCAGGCGCCUGUCGGGUGGCGCACGGGCGAGACGGUUGGCGUCUUGGUGAGUCCGCGCGAGGCAACCAAAGGUGUUCGUGAUACGUUAGCUCGGAGCGCAUAUCCGUUGUUCUGGAUGAUGAUCGAACGGGACGGAACCUUAAAGCAGGCACUUUGGAAUGCCCGUGCAGAGGAACUUGGGGUUGGCCUUUUAGAAAUGGUAUUGACCUGGGAUGGAUGUGAUAUCCCCCAUAUGGAUGAGGUGGAGAAACAGCUUAUCGAGUUCGCCGAGCAAUGGGUCGCAUCCUGGGGUAUGAACUUGUCGGAAAUCCAGAAGGGGGAGCUGCUGGAUGUUGCGGAAAGGGUCCUACCGCAUGACGUCUCUGCUCAAUUGCUUGAUAGGACAAUAUCGGACGCAGAGCGGAAGAAGGUUAUUCAAGCUUUACAAGAGCGGAUACAACAGCAGCCGACAUCCGAGUGA